AUACCUUUUGCCAAUUAUGUACACGAUUUUUACCAAUUUAUUAGACGAACCAGUAAGAGUGACAAUCAAUACAACCCAAAAACCCUUAGCUGCAAUCAAUUACCCUCAAUCCAAAUCCCUGAAUUGAACCCGUAAUCGUGAAUUCCGUUUUCCCCAAAUCAAAUCUCUCCCAAAUCGAACCAUUAAGCAUGAAAUCUAUUUUCCCUAAAUUGAAGGGUGUGAACCCGAAUCGAAUAUACUUGGUCGCUGUGAACAAACAAACCGCCAUUGUUGAACAUUCUUGAAGGCGUGCACAUGGAUGGUUCACCUGAAGAUUCCUAGUUUGAGAUUGUUUUUGAAAUGGGAUUGCAUGGCAAUGGAGAUCAAGUAAUGGACGAAAUGCAAGAGGUGAAUGAUAUCGAGGUAGAUGAUUGGCUUGAACGCGAGUUGGAACCAGUUGAAUCACAUUACAACACAAGCCAGGAUAAACGAAAGGGUAAAUUGAAUGCAAGAAGGGAAAAAUCAGCUUCAUCACAACAAACUGAUAUGGAAGCACAAUCUUUUCAACCACGAUAUCUUCAAUCUGAGCCAGCAGCAACAAUUUGCAUUCAAACGGGCAACCAUCAACCUCCCAUGAUGACCAUGAACUGCGAUGAAAAAUAUGUUGACGAAUGGCAAGACACGACAGAGGCCAAAUCAGCCAAAUUGAGAUCAGCCAGGGCACAGGCACGAUGUCAAACGAAAUAUACAAAAUCAAAAAGGCAUUGCCACGAUAAAUAAUGUGAAAUCAGUUUUGUUGUUUUUUGUGUUUGGGUUUAGGUUACUGGCAAAUAACUUACAAACUCUGUGCAAUAUGAACAACAGUUUGGUGUGCUUUUUUGUGUAAUUUAGCAGUUGGGUACAAGAGUUUGGAGCUCCUUUUUUUGUUGAAUAUGUUGCCUUCGUGAUAGUGUUGAUGGAUGCUUAAUAAUGAUAUCAAUGAAUGGAUACAGUUUUUGAA